AGGGGGAUAAAUGACUUUCAAUCGACAUUAAGUCAGUGUUUAGUUUUGGGAUUGGGCAGUAGAACCGAAAGAGUUUGCAUUUGCAUUGGACUUCACGACUUCAGCAAGGUUGGGGUGUGUGUGUAAGUUGUAUUAGCAACCUUUUCUGCCGACGACGAGACGUUACGAAAUGAAUAAAGAUUGUCUGUCCUACUUUAGGUGACUAAUAACCUACUUUACAUUGUAUGUAAAGGAUCGGUAACGUGUUCCAAGGAAACAAUUUGUGUUUGUAUGCAUCAAGUUUCGUCUGUUUACUGUUUUGUUUAUAUCGGUAAGGUUAGGUGCUCUUGUUUUACUGAGUUUAAGGAUUUUCGGUAAAUUUUAUGAGUACUUAGUAGUACUGUAAGAGAGAUGGUCAGAACAAAUACGAAUGUAAAACAUGACGAGCCAUUAACUUUUGUAUUUAGUCAAUGUUUUUAGAAAAGGAAAGAUCAUUAACAGGCUUAGAAACUUUUAUCACAGAUUAAUAAACAUAUUUCAUCUGUCAACGAUGGAAGGGCGACUGGUUUAUGCUAACAACAAUGACAACUGGGAACAUCAAGAUGUAACACAAAAUGGAAUAGUUCAACCUCUUCUCACAGAUCUGUACCAGAUUACAAUGGCAUAUGCCUAUUGGAAAUCAGGAAAAACAGGAGAUACUGCAGUCUUUGAUCUUUUUUUUCGCCAAAAUCCAUUCCAAGGAGAGUUUACAAUAUUUGCUGGUCUCGACGAGUGCCUCAAAUUCCUCCAGAACUUCCACUAUUCCAACAGUGACAUUGCCUACCUAAAGGCGACUUUGCCACCGUCAAUAGAAGAAGACUUUUUUGUGUUUCUACAACGACUUAACGUCAAUGAUGUCACCGUUUACGCCAUCGAGGAGGGAUCUGUUGCCUUUCCCAAGGUUCCACUAAUGAGGGUGGAAGGUCCCCUGAUCAUAGUGCAGCUAUUGGAGACGACACUGCUGACCCUUGUCAACUAUGCCAGUCUGAUGGCCACCAACGCUGCUCGCUAUCGGAUGGUCGCAGGCAAGAACGUGUCUCUCCUAGAGUUUGGUCUGCGGAGAGCACAAGGCCCCGACGGUGGUCUGUCUGCCUCCAAAUACGCUUACGUCGGUGGUUUUGACGGCACCAGCAAUGUCCUUGCUGGCAAGAUGUACAACAUCCCAGUUAAGGGGACUCACGCUCAUGCUUACAUCACUUCAUUCUCGGACAUCGGUGAUCUUCAGCACAAGGUUGCGAAGACACAAAAAAGUAGUUUGAUCGAUGACCUGAGUGAGAUGAUGUCUGUGCAGAGAAUUGUUCACUGGACUGACCUAAGUGGCUCAGACCAUCGGUCAGAUUCGCUCAUGAUGUCUCGCAAGAUGCUUGUCGAUCGGAACACCGGACAGGAACGUGACCUUUUAGCACUGUCUAUUGAGUGGCGAGGAAAGAUUGCAGGGCUUCUGGACACCCUGGUAGAUGCAGCGUCUGAUGGUGAACUGGCUGCGCUCAUCUCAUACGCGAUUGCUUUUCCUGAUGGCUUCAUGGCACUUGUCGACACUUACGAUGUGAAAAAGUUUAACUCCGGACCGCUGAUGGAUCCUACUGUUGGACUCACGGCCAGAUCUCACGACUUACUCAUGAGUGGGCUGCUUAACUUCUGCGCUGUGGCGUUGGCGCUCAAUGAGCUCGGCUACCGUGCCGUCGGCAUCCGCAUUGACAGCGGAGACUUGGCCUAUCUCUCUAACAAAGCCCGAGAGUGCUUUGUCAAGAUCGGCAACAAGUACAACAUUCCCUGGUUUGCUCAGCUGCAAAUUGUUGCUUCAAAUGACAUCAAUGAAGAGACUAUCUUAAGCCUCAACGAGCAAGGUCAUAAAAUCGACUGCUUUGGAAUCGGAACUCAUCUAGUGACAUGUCAGCGACAGCCAGCUCUAGGCUGCGUGUACAAAUUGGUAGAAGUCAAUGGAGUUCCCAGGAUCAAGCUGAGUCAAGACGUAGGCAAAGUGACCAUGCCUGGACGCAAGGAUGCCUACCGUCUCUACGGUGCUGAUGGGCAUGCUCUGAUCGACCUGAUGCAGAGGUCCAUAGAGCCGCCGCCCCAGGCAGGCGAGAGGGUGUUGUGUCGUCAUCCCUUCCAGGAGUCAAAGAGAGCGUACGUCAUCCCCACUAGCGUAGAGGCAUUGUACAAGGUAUACUGGCAGAAUGGGAAAGUUUGUCAGCCUCAGCCGAGCCUCAAGGAAGUUAGGGACCGAGUCAGAGCUUCACUGCAGACUCUGCGCCAGGACCACAAACGGAACCUCAAUCCAACACCCUACAAGGUUGCUGUAAGUGACUGCUUAUACAACUUUAUCCAUGACUUGUGGCUUCAGAAUGCCCCGAUUGGCGAAUUGUCUUGAAGCUAAUGCUUUCCCAUCAUUGAAACCACAUAAAUGCUAGUCCUACCUUGCUGGUCUAGCAACACAACUUGAGUCGUUGCUGAAAAAAUAAAUCUUUAAGUGGUACUAGGUAGCUGAAUGUUAAAUUUAUUUUGUUGACUUUAAAAAAUGAAAUAUUGUUUUUGUGCUGUUAACAAGUGGUUAGUAUAUCCUUAUUUUGUUAUUUAGAUGUAGCAUAUUUAUUAUUUUUAGGCUUAAUCUUGUACUUCAUACUUGAUUUAUUUUCACUAUGCAACUUCUAGAUUAUAAAGUACCAAACUGUUAAAGCAUUAAUGGUUUAAGCACAAUAAAAUAAUAUAGUUAGCGCUGGAUUGUACAUUUGUCCAUUUUUGGAUAGUAGAUUAAAAGCUAUUGAUGAUGUUAAAUGUAAUUAUUUUUAUUUUUGAUUAGGAACUUUUUACAAAUUAUAAAUUCUAUGUUUUAAUUAUAUCUUUUACAAUCCAAACAUCUUUAAGGUAUCUCUUAUUUUGUUAAUUGUGCCAUUUUAUGUUUAAACGUAGUUAUCUAAUAUACCAAACUAGUGUGGACAUAAGGUAAAUGAGAUGUAAAUACUUUAUUUUUAAAAUAUAGGCAUUGGUUAGUUAGAAUAGAGAAAAAUAAUAUAUACAAAUAAUAGGUGCAUUUUAACAAGGCCGAGUAAUGUUAUAUGACAAAUGUUAUUAAUAUUGGAGUGAAUGAAGAUGAAUUGGAUGGUUUGGUUGUUAUAUCCACAACUAUCCAACCAAGCCUAUACCAAGUUUAGAUGUUUAACAAUUGUAUCUUCGCUACACAAUUUGUUGACUAUUUUCUGAUGCGUAUAACAUCUCAAAUGCUUACAGUUUAAACAGUUUCAUGGAGUAGUUAUUUUCAGAAGUUUGGACCAAACUUUUUUGAAACAUAUCCGUAGUAAUAAUUAAUUGGGGUUUCAAUUUUUUGCAGAUAAGUUAUUAAAUUAACACAGAUAUUAAGUGUUCCAGUAAGUGUAACAGGUAUUUUUGUUGUAAAAUCACUUGGUUUUUUUUAUUAUUAAGAUAAAUAAUUUUAAAUGGCUUCCAUUUGGAAUUGGAACACGGACUAAUUCCUUGUGUGCAGAUAGGUCCUAUUUGUCACGCUACAUGUACCAAGUUUGAAGUCAACCUUUCAAGGGAUUUUUAAGUGAUUUAUACAUUUGUAAAAAACAUGUUUUUAUGAAGUCUAACAGAAAUAAACAGUAUCAGCAAUUUGACACGUCAUACUCUCACCAGUUAGCUUGUCAACUAACCUUUUCAUGGGCAAGCGAUGGCAGUAACUAUUAUAUUUUAUGGGGACAGUCACAAAAGUCACGAAAACUUUUGAACCUAAACUAUUUAGUUUAGAGUAAAAUAAGCCUAAUUUUGAAAAAAAAAUCACUAUUAAAAAUCAAAAUAAAAAAAAAAUUAAAAACUCUUGGACAUACCAUGAAUUAGUACCCACACAUAUAUUUGUGUGUCCAUUAGCACGAUAACUCGAGCAAAAAUUAUCCGAUUUUGAUGUAAUUUGGUUCAAACAAGGACCAUGGGGUUUAAUGGGUUAAAAAUUGGUUUUUCUCAUUUUUGAUCCUCAAAACAUAAAAUUUUCCAAUUUCUCUCUAAACCAUUUAAAAGAGCUGAAAAAAACAAAUAAUUUAGUAUCUUGACGUGGUUUUGUAUGGUUAUAGGCUAUAGAAAAAAAGGAAAUUUAAAAUCUUUUUGUUAUUCUUAUGGAGAAUAAGUUGAACUGUUGUAGUUUGCUUGUUUAUGGAUAUGUUUUGAUCAAACUUGGCUAAUUUAUUCAUUUUAUAUACUAAGCUAUUAAUAUUUUCUAAAAAACACACUUUAUUACCCUCCUUGUGGCAGCAAACCUAGGUACUCGUUAUACGUAAUGUUAUUGGAAUGGAUUUAAUUGAAAAUCAAAUCAGGCAAAUGGAAAUUUGCUUAGUCUGCAGGUUUGCUGCGGCAGGGGUAUUAUCUAAAACAAACAGAAUUUAUAAGUCAGUUUGUUACAAACAAUGAUCUAGUUGUCAAAAUAAAGUGAAUAUAGUUAAUAAUGUUAAAUUUUAAAUUAUAUUAUACACUUUUAUAAACAUAACUAUAAAAAAUCAACUUGAAUUUGGUCUUUUAAAACUAAGUCUUCAUUAAUUCAGUCUCAGUUACUUAUAACAAAUUUAACCUACAUUUUAAAGGUACAGUACCUGAAUCAGUUUUAGUACUUAUUUGAAGUACUUAACAAAACCUAUUUCUUGAACAAAUAAUUUUUUUUUCAAACUAUCUUAAGGUUAAUGUUUGUAUACUGUUACAUUUAGUGAACUUAAUAUGUUUACCUACGGCCGUUUUUUAACUAGCCUUUUCAAUUCAGUUCUUAGAAUUGAAAAAUUCACUUUUUUACAGUAUUGUUUACUUACUUAACAUAAUUGAUUUGUUACUUUACAGUACAAGUUUGGACCAAUGAAGUUCAAGGAUUGAGAGAAAAGAAGUAAAAUUUUAAUGCUUCAAACAUCAACUUAUUAGCGGUUAAAGCCAAUUUAAUUGAUUAUACAAUGAGUGAGUGGCUGGGUUGGAACAAUGAGUUAUUGCAUCACAAUCAGUGACAAUGAGAGGUUAUAAACAAAAACAACCUCUCUUAGACAUUAUGAGUAGUGAUUAUUAGUAAUUUAAAAAUGGUCGUAGGUAAAGUAGUGUACGCAACUCACGUAAUUAGCCUUAAAGACAGUCGUAGAAGUUUUACAGGCACUUGCCAAGGCUCGUACCUUAAAUUUUAUACUUGUGUCUUAAAGACUAUCUUUAUGCGAUUGUUGCGUAAACUACAAAAAUAAUUUGACUGUUACUUUUUUAGUAAAAUUUUAAAUAUACUACAGUUAUACCAGGAUGUUAGUGCCUAGGCUGUUGUUACCGUUUAGUUGUAAGUUACCACCGGAUGCAGUUAGUGCUAACUAAGCAUUCCAAUAUUUUAUUGUUUAAGGCUAACUAGGUGUUGCCUACUCACAUUGUUCAUAGCACUAAAUUAAAGCUAGACAUUUGUAACAAUCAUAGAGAAGUCACAUAAUUUUUUCACAUUGUAGUAAAAGUUUGUAAAAA